AAAAAAAAUGUCUAAUGGAUAGCAAGUGAUUAAAUAUAUGUUGAUUGGAUCAAAUAAGGUUGGCAAGACAGCAUUUCUGUCGAGAUUUAGCGAUAAUAAUUUCACUGAGAAAUAUGAAGAAAGCAAAGGAGUUGAUUUCAAAUCUAAAUUGUAUGAUGGAGAUAAAUAUAAACUUUGCAUAUUCGACACAGUACACAAUAAUAAAAUGUAAAUUAAUAGCCUGGAGAUGUAAAUUUGAGAUUUGCUUCUUAUGGAUUUUAUAAGUUUGCUUUUGGUUUUAUUUUGAUUUUUGAUCUCACGAGGUAAAUUCAUUUUGUGUUAAGUAUAGACCUCAAACUCUUUAGAAUUUGAGAGAUGAUUUCAGUUAGAUUGCAUCUCAGUCUUCUUAAUGUAUCAUUAUAUUUUGGAUUAUAAUUUAGAUGCGUAAUUAAUAUUGGUUGGAAACAAAUCCGAUUUGUAAGACAUAAAUGAUUAUAGAGAGUCCUAGGCUGAGGCUUAGAGAAUGGCAGAUGAAUUACAUAUUACAUAUUUUGAGAUUUCUUGUUUGACAGGAUAAAAUUUUGAUUUAGUUAUUGAAGAUUUGACAAAAAGAGUCUUAAUUCAAAUAGGAUAAGGAAAUUUGGGUAAAAGACCUGGGAAUUAAGCAGAGAAUAAUUAAAAAGAUGAGAAUAUUAGACAAGAAGGUGGAUGUUGUUGUAAAAUUUUUUGAAUUCAUAUAGAAC